AUGGGGACCUUCAUCGACCAUUAUCAAGUCCUGCGUGUGGGAUUGUCCGCUUCUAAUGUUGAGAUCAAGCAAGCGUACCUGAAACUUUCAAUGUCGUUCCACCCAGACAAGUAUAAUGCACCCGAUGCCACCGCAACCUUCCAGAUGAUUAGCAAUGCUUAUGCCACUCUUAAAGACAAGUCGAAGCGGAAGAUUUUUGACUUGGAGCGUCAAAAGUUCAUGGGAGACAAGGAGUGGGCAUUUCCAGAGGAUGUGAAGAGGGAUGAGGAAGAUCGAGAUGACUCUGCCAAGAACCCUUUACAAGACACACCCAAGAAGUCAAGGGGUCAGAUUGAUGGGGUCGGGACCCGCCUCACAUUCUCAGCUUCCAUGAGAAAUCAUUUGGUUGGUCGUCCACGUCGCCGUUGGAGACCUAGACCAGAGUUGCAAAUCGGCCUGUACACUAUCUUUGAAGAAGACGAGGAUGAAGAGGAGCAACAGCAACAAACAUAUCAAAACAUCGCUGCCUCAAAGGUACCAAGGAUCCCAGCUGAUAGAUUGGUGAAGUGGCAUUCGGGUGCGAAGUUAUUCAACACCACUUCUCUCAUACCAUCUCGUACCUCUUGGUUACCCCGAAUGCACACGCCAGCGCAGCUCUUCUGCUCAUGGAAAAUCUCGGAACUACAAGCCAGAAACCGCAGAGUGAAAAAAUGGUAUCGCUUAGCUGAUGAGUUACGCGGACAGAUCGAGCUGCGCCGCCUUAACGCUCAACGACAACAAGGAAAGGUUGCUUGCUUUAAGGAAGACUUGCAGAGCGAGAUCGAAAUUUUUGUAAUCAGGAAGGAACGGAAUGGCCAGAUUUUCCGGAGCCAAUAUGAGCUUGAUCAGGCCUUGCUGGAAGAACGAUGGUUCAAAGCUUUUCAAACGGACAUACUGGAGGCGGAGAAGAAGAUGGAAGGUAUCAAGUCGUCAAUUCGAAUGUUCAUGGAUCAACUUCAAGAUCACCAAGAUGACUUCGAGCACGCUGAACACAAGGCACUCCUUGCUGUGGCUAGCAAAGUCUUGAACGUGCUUGACAAAGCUGAGUAUGUUUCUGAUAAGGAUCCAAAAGAUGUUGCAAAGAGCAAGAUGGAAUGGAAGAAGCUGACUCACAUCGGCGUCACUGAGUACCAGAGCUACCGGCAACCCGGUGAUAUCGAGAAGGCUUGUAAAGUUGCUUGGAGGCAUGAGAUAGUAGUUGAGGAGGACUUCAAUGACUUACGGAUCUGCCGUCGUUGCAAGAGGGACAUUUUCUUCAAUUGUUUUCAGUGCAAGCGCUGCGCUUCCUUCAUGUGCUCCACCUGCAAGGACAGAGUAAACCAGUUGAAGAAGUACCAUGAAUGGCUUGCGGAACAGGAUAGAUCUGACUACUUAUUUGGCGUCUGAAGAUUGGAUGGUUGUUUGAUUGGAUUGCUUGGCUUUGUGGGCUUGGAAGUCUUCAGCGAUCUGGCGUCUGUCACUUGCAGAUUCAUGGUUGUGAAUAGAAGUUUACUGCAAUCUGGCGGGAUGUAUGGGAGGGGUUUCAAUAGAGAGGAAACGCAACGUGCGCGUCUGCCUGCACAUCGAAUUUUUGGCAUGGAAAAUUCGAAGGUGUACUGGAGUUCAAGCAUUCGAUUGGUUCUUUAUGCAUGACUCUGGGCACCAGAGAGGACAGUCUGUUCGCUUUUCACCAGAACACUCCUUCAUACGCAUGCAGAAAAGGUAGGCUGCAGUCGGGUAGCGUAUAUGAAUAGAAAAAUACAAAAGCUUGUGGAAAUGUUCAGUCCACCUCCACCCAUGGGCUGCUCUGUCCACAUAAGCACCAGACACUAGUGAAGCUUUCUAUCAGAUGGAUAUUGGGAAACAAGCUGCCACCGCUUAUUAAAGACUCGAUAAACAGCAGACGAAAUGCACAUUCUUGGAAUUUAAAAGCGCCUUCUGAUACAUUCCGAGGACUUCUGUUGGGCUGAGAAUGAACGAAUGAGAAGACAGUUACACAAUUACAUCAUAUGAUCAAGAGACAGUUGCAAACGAUGGAGUUAUAAGAUAUGUACAAUCCACCACGAGUAA